UGUUUUUAUCCUCCCCUUGUUAGCAGUUGAUUCCCACAGUAAAAUCAAUUUUUCAGAAUUUUUAAAUUCACUGACCCCAAAAUCUAUCUAUAAAUGUAAACAAUCUCAUCCGAACACAUAAAACUUGUGCACCUCGAAAUAGAUUGCUUCCUAAACCACUAUUUAUUUAUAAACGAAAAACGAUCGUAUUCAACUCAUUACAGUUUAAAGCAAGCCAAAUUUAUUUUAAUACACUUCAAAUAAUCACAAAACAGUUUUUUCGCAAGUUUCGGAUGAUUAAAAUAGUUAAAAUACGUUGCCAGAUAAACUGCUCUAACUUAUCAAAUUUACGUCAACUAAAAAUAAUCGACCUGUGGUUAAAAAUAACUGGCAGAGAUGUAAUAAGUAAGGAUUAACUUUAAAACUAAAAUAUUACAAAAUAUUCGAAAUUUAUCAGGUUAUGUCUUCGCAUUCAUGUGAAUGAAUUUGAGUUUGUAAGUUAAAUUCGAACGAAAAGCAAAUAAAACGUUUUAAAAAUGUCUCAAUUGAUGAUGUUGGUUGCUUCUGCUCAUUUGGUAUUUUGUCCAUUUACUAAAGUUGAAGAAAGUUUCAAUAUGCAAGCGAUACAUGAUAUUUUGUAUCAUCAAGGGAAUUUAACAAAGUACGAUCAUCAUCAAUUUCCUGGUGUUGUUCCAAGAACAUUUAUCGGUCCAAUGUUUAUAACAACGUUAGUAGCUCCUUUAGUAGCUAUUUGGCAAUAUUUAGAAUUAAACAAAUUCUGGGUACAAUAUUUUGUUAGAUCAGGGUUAGGGCUCUCAGUUAUAUACACAUUCAAUAUCUUAUCGAAGACCCUUGAAAAAACUUUUGGUGCCCAUUGGGCAUGGUGGUACCUAAUAAUCACAAUAACACAAAGCCAUUUCAUGUUUUAUUUAAGCCGAACGUUGCCGAACAUUUUUGCACUUCCCUUAGUUUUGCUCGCCAUCGACGGCUGGCUUAAAAACGACAACAUGAAAUUUUUGUUGUGUUCGGGUGCUGCUAUUAUUAUAUUUCGAUUCGACGUCGCAUUAUUUUUGGGUUUAUUACUCAUUUACGAUGUUUAUUUGCAACGAUUAUCUUUGAGGAGGUUCAUUCAAAUUUGCGUUCCCGCUGGAAUUGGUUUUUUAUUAUUAUCCGUUGUGGUAGAUUCAAUAUUUUGGCAACGACCGAUUUGGCCUGAAGGAGAAGUGAUUUGGUUUAAUGUAAUUUUGAAUAAAAGUUCGAAUUAUGGGACUUCUCCAUUUUUGUGGUACUUUUAUUCUGCGAUUCCAAGAGGGAUGGCAGCCUCGGUGUUUUUGAUCCCGUUGGGGAUUUUCUUGGACCAACGUGCGGCGAAAAUAUGUUUGCCCGCUUUACUAUUUGUACUUUUGUACUCUUUCCUGCCACACAAAGAAUUAAGAUUUAUUAUUUAUGUCUUCCCGUUGUUAAACGUUCCAGUAGCUACUGCUUGUCAUAGAAUAUGGGAAAAUAGGCACAAAAAUUUGUUGUUCUACCUCUCAUCGUUGGGUGUAUCAGGUCAUUUAUACCUCAACGUUCUUUUUACUAUAUUCUUAUUAAACAUUUCAAGUACAAAUUAUCCUGGAGGUGUGGCGAUGUCCAAAUUUCAUAGGCUCUAUGAAAACGAAACGAAUGUUAACGUACAUAUUUGUAAUUUGGCUGCUCAAACUGGUGUUACAAGGUUUACAGAAAUUAAUUCAGGUUGGAUAUAUAAUAAAACAGAACAUUUAAAUCACGGCGAUCCAGACAUGUUUGAAUUCACACAUUUAAUAGUCGAAGCCAAAUCUAAGUAUUCAACAAAUUUAAAACCUUAUACAUUAACUCACGAUAUUGUUGAUUCUGUGGAAGCGUUUCAUAAAAUUGUGUUUAAUUAUUAUUCAUUUCCUCCAAUUCAAAUUAAAAUGAAACCCGUCCUAUUCAUUUUAAAACGUAAAGACAACUACAAAGAUUUGCUCCCAAUAAUACCGCAAAUCAACAUAACAGAAAUGGGGUCUGGGGAAGAAUCUGAAGAAGUUUCAAAUUUAAAAGUUAUUGAAGAAUCGAAAGAGGAGGAUGUUACAUAUGAAGAAAAGGUUGCUACUUUACAAAAAGAACUGAUGGAUUCUGAAGAUGUGACAAGAUCAAGAGAUUUUGAGGAUAGUUAUAUUGAUUUUGAGGAAAGGCUUAAAAUUGAAUUGAUGGAAAUGAAAUUAAGGGAAGAAAGAGAAAGUGAGAAGAAUAAAGAGGAUGUUGAGAGAAUUAAGGAAGUUGAUGAAAUUAUAAAUGAAUCUAAGGAAAUAAAAUCACCGGAAAAGAAAAAAGAAAAAUCUAAUGAAAAAAUAAAAUCUAAGAAAAUUGAAAAAUCUUCUAAAUUAAUUAAUCAGAAAGAAAAGCCAGAUCUAACUUUAAAAUCGAUUGAAAAAUCAGAACCAACAGAAAAGAAAAAUGUUAAGAAAUUAAUAAAACGAAUUGUUAAAGACGAUAUGAAACAAGAAAAAAUGCAACAAAUAAAAAUCGAAGAGAAGCCUACAGUUAUUCAAGAAAAAUCUGUUGAAGAAAAAAUUAAAAGUCAAGAAAAAGUGAAAAGUCAAGAACAAUUAAAACCCGCUUACAAAGACAUUCCCAAAUUAAAAGAAAAAGGGAAAGUAAAAGAAAGCAUAAAAAACAUAAUCCGAGAUUUCAAAAAGAACCAAAUCUUAUCAAAAAUAAAACCGAAAACCGAAGGCGCAAAACAAACCAUUAAAAAAAUAAUCGAAGAAGAUAAAACCUUGGUAGAAAUGGAAGAGUUAAGAAAACUUCAACAUCAAAUCUUAGGAAUCAUCGAGGAAAAUCCCAACAUAUUAAACAAAGAAGCAAUCAAAACGAAAAUAAACGAAGCCGUUUUUAAAGAUAUUAUCGAUGAAAGUAAAUUGGAAAUGGAAAUUGUUAAACCGAAAGUAGUACCACCGGUAAAACUUGAAACUGAAGAAACGACUAAAGAAGAAUCUGAAGAAAUUACGAUAGAGGAAUCGACGGAGGAAUUUGAAAUUAGUGAUAUCGAGAAAUCUGUUAUACCUAAAACUGCGAUUUACGAUGAAUUUAUGCCGUUUAACACCGAAUUUGAAGCUGCUAAUGAACAUAUAGAAAAUUUAAUGAUUAUGUUGGAAGAAAUUGUUAGUAAUAUGGAAGUUAAUGAGGAUUUGUAUGUUAGUGAAGAAUAAAGUGGAUAAAUAAAGCAGUUAUAUUAUUUAUAGUUUGUUUUUUAUACUUUGUUGCACAAGAUUACUAUCAAAAUAAUAAAGUUGAGUUGUGAACAAUAA